AUGAACACUCCUCCUGCUUUCGACUUAUUUUUGCUCUUCAAGGGCAAGAAGAAGAUCACCAUUAACAAGGACACCAAGGUACCCAAUGCCUGUUUGUUCACCAUCAACAAAGAAGACCACACACUUGGCAACAUCAUUAACUUGCAGCUAUUGAAGGACCCCCAGGUAUUGUUUGCUGGUUACAAAGUCCCCCACCCCUUGGAGCACAAGAUCAUCAUUUGUGGGCAGACCACACCAGAUUACAGCCCCCGGGAGGCCUUCACCAAUGCCAUCACAGACCUCAUCAGCAAGCUCUCCCUACUGGAAGAGUGACUCCGGGUGACCAUCAAAGACAAGCAAGAAGGCAUCAGAUAGCAGGGUGCAAGGAGUCUUGCUAGGCAAGUUCCCACCCUGCACUGGGCCCUUCUCCAGGCACCAAGUGGAGGAGAGCAGCUUUUUGUAGAUAUCCUGGUGAGCCCCCAACAUCAACAUGUCCU